AUGGUAGAGGAAGCCAGCACAAGAGGAGAAAAAAGGAAGAGCUGGCUGAACAUAGGAUCUGAAUGUCCAAGUUACCAUUUCCGUGUUUAUUUUCUUGUUUUACUGGUUAUGGCCCUACUGGUCUUCUAUUAUGUGAACCUCUCAGAAGUCUCAGAAAUUUGGAUGUCAACUAUUCAAAUACUAUACAAUGCAACAAUCACAAGAGGGGCUUCAAAUAUAACUUUCAACACUACAUCUCCUUUGUGGUCAACUACUGCCAUUGCUUCAGUGAGUGACCCCUCUGCUCUGUCUUCUCAAUUGACAUCAGUAUCAGUGACAGAACCAUGUAAGCCAGCGACACCAUAUCACGUGGCCUAUCCUUGUAGCUACCGAUACAUUUUUAAUGAACCUGAGAGGUGUCGUAAAGAAAAUCCUUUCUUGGUUCUCAUGGUGCCUGUGGCACCAGGCAACAGAGAAGCUCGAGAUGUUGUUCGUAGUACGUGGGGGACUGAGAAAUUGGUCAUGGAUAAGGUGGUGAGUCUCUUCUUUCUGCUUGGUGACGUCAGUCCAGAAGCGAGGAAUGAGCAACAGCAAAAUGUAUCCCAGGAGAGUGAGGAAUACCAUGAUAUUGUGCAGAGUGAUUUCUUGGACACCUACACUAAUCUUACCAUAAAGACUAUGGUGAUUAUGGAAUGGCUGGCAUCACAUUGCCGAAAUGCCUCCUAUGCUAUGAAGAUUGAUUCUGAUAUGUUCCUUAACGUGAACACUUUAAUGAAUAAACUUUUCCAGGCCCCCAGGCAGAACUACAUCACAGGGCUUGUGGCCAGUAGUGGCAUAGUACUCCGAGAUCCCCACUCCAAAUGGUAUCUGCCAAAAGACAUUUUCCCAGAAGACUAUUAUCCACCCUAUGCCCUGGGCCUGGCAGUAUUUUCUUUAGAUAUGCCAGAAAAGUUUAUUGAAGGAGCCAAGCAUGUGAAGGCUGUGUAUAUUGAAGAUGUUUAUUUAGGGCUCUGUAUGAGGUAUCUGGGAAUGCCUUUUACCAACUCACCAGGAGACCUGUUCCAUGUGUUCCCUGUCCCGUAUGACCGGUGUCGUUACUCAAAACUCAUUGCUACAACAACAAGGAAUAUACAAGAACAAAUAAACUCUUGGAAAGACCUUAUGCAGCCAGGACCUCCUUGUUAACAAUGAACAACUGAGUAAAACUUAUUUAGUGCCUGUAUGAACCAAGUGAUGAUAAAAGGUGCAAUUGAGGACAUUGUACCCCUUUCGUAUUGUUGGUCUGCAUCUUUAUCUGCCUGACAGGAAGUCAGACUAGACAGCUUCAGGGUAAGAGACAGAUGAUACCAGAGUACAUGAGAAUAGCCCUCACACGCACUGGGUGGGGAAGUAUUUGGAAAUAG